AUGGGAGAUUCCCAAAAGAGUAAGGAAAAGGGUCCAUAUAGUCAAUGGGGACCAGAAGAGACAAAAGUGCUAGUAGAGCUACUUGUUGAUGGAGUUCACCGAAACUGGCGUGAUAACAGUGGUAACUUUAGCAAGCUAAUUGUGGAGCAAAAAAUUUUACCAGUUCUUAAUGAAAGACUUGGAUGCCAAAAAAAUCACAGUCAGUACCUAAGUAGAUGGAAAUACUUGAGAGGCCUGUACAACAAUUAUUUAGACCUUCAACGUUUCAGUUCUGGAUUUGGAUGGGAUCCUGAAAUGAAAAGGUUCACCGCUCCGGAUGAAGUGUGGGAAGAGUACUUCAAGAAACAUCCUAGACAUAAACAUUUACGAUAUGAGUCAAAUGAAAGAUUUGAGGAUCUUCAACUCAUAUUUGGAUGUGGCUUAGCUACCGGUGGUUCCGCAAUUGGAAUGGGUGAUACCACGGAUGCUCCAAGCUUUAUUGGGGAGAUUCAAAGAGUGACUGAUAGCAUAAUCAUUGAUGAGGAUUUUGAACAUUCAUCUCAAGAUCCAUCAGCAUCAAGAGAAUGUGAUCUGUCACCACCCUUUCAAGGCACAAAUCCAAAAGGACGGAUGANCAGUUGCAACGUCGUUCAUCUUCUGAUCGGUGGAUCCAGGAUCAAUAGUCUCCCACACCUCGCUAACUCGAAGCGUGAUUCUCAUACGCAUCGACCAAACGGUAUAGUUUGUCGAUGUUAA